CCCGAAGCCAUGGAAAAGUCGGCACAAUACGGCAGCUUGGCAGUCCAGUUGGACUCAGAAACUGAAGACGAUGGUAUCUGGGCGAGAAAAUUUAUCUUGUCAUCUUAUCCGGACUUAUCAGAUAGACGUGUUGUGAAUAUUUUCCACUACACGAAAUGGCCAGUGCGAAGAGUGCCAUCGAAAGCAGAUGGCGUCAUCUCCCUGAUGUCAUUGGUCGAGCAGUCUAGAAAGAAUCAUGGUCAGGGACCAGUUAUUGUGGCAUGCAGCGACGGAACAGGUCGUACAGGGACGUAUAUUGCAAUUUCGAACUUGUUGGAACGAAUGAAAAUUGAGCAAACAAUGGAUGUCUUCCAGACGAUAAAAAUAAUUAGAGGAAGUCGACCGCAAUUUGUUGAUAAUGCA